UAUUUCAUCCCCGCAAGUCACAAAUACUUAAUAAAACAACGAAAAUAUCGAAUGAUACAAGCAUUCCACUGAACUGUAAAACUGCACUUCAGGUAUUCGAUAAAAUGUCCAAAAGCUUUAUGAUUCGCCGUUCCUUCAAAGUUUCCACCACAAAUAAUCAUCCUUUUGCUUGCAAAUUCUACCAUUCAACUCAAUUUCUAAACCAAGAACAAACCAAUACUAUCAAAAAUGAAAACCCCACAAAUCCAUCAACUCAAAAUCUUGAAGAACAUCUUAGGAAACUCCGAAUUUUACUCCAACAACAUCGUACUGAAAAUGCAAAGGGUAUUUUGGGUACCCUUAUUCAUAAAAACUCAGUUUUUCAACUUUAUACUCUUUUUCAACCUUCCCCAACAAAACCAAUUUACUCAGAUUUGUUGUUAUCAGUUUAUUUAGAGAAGAAACUUAUAAAUGAAGCUCAAGAACUUUAUUUUUUGAUAAGAAAUGAUAAAAAAUUUGUAUCUUUAUCAUGUUUUAAUGUGUUUCUUGAAUCUUUGAAUAGUUUGAGGAUGUACAAAAAGACCCUUGAAGUUUUUAGUGAUGUUAUGAAUUGGGGUAUAAGAGUUGAUAGGUUUAGUUAUGGUAAAGCUAUACAAUCAGCUGUGAAAAUUGGUGAUUUGGGUAAGGGUUUGGAGUUGUUGAGUUGUAUGAGAAGUGUUAGGUUGAGUCCUAAUGAGUUUGUGUAUAAUGUAGUUAUAGGUGGGUUGUGUAAAGAGAAGAGAGUUGUCGAAGCGCGAAAAUUGUUCGAUGAAAUGCUUGAGAGAAGAGUUGGACCGAGUAAGGUGACGUAUAAUAUUCUUAUGGAUGGGUAUUGUAAGAUUGGGAAGUUGGAUGAGGCUUUUAAGUUGAGAGAAAAGAUGAGGAGUGAUAAUGUGGAACCUAAUAUCGUGACGUUUAAUACGUUGCUUAGUGGACUUUGUAAGUCGGGGAAGAUGGAGGAAGUUGAUCGCGUAGUUGAGGAAAUGAAGGGUUGUGGAUUUGUACCUGAUGGGUUUACUUAUAGUAUACUUUUCGAUGGGCAUUCGAGAUGUGAUGAUGUUAAUUCCUCGUUGGCGUUGUUUGAAGAAGCUGUUAAGAAAGGGGUGCAAAUGAACGAGUACACGUGUAGUGUUUUGUUGAAUGGCUUGUGCAAGAAAGGGAAGACGGAUAAGGCUGAAGAGAUUUUGAAGAAGUUGAUGGAAAACGGGCUUACUCCUACGGAGGUGUUGUUUAAUACCAUUUUGAGCGGUUAUUGCAAAGAAGGCAAUAUGGAGAAGGCUUAUUCAACUAUUGACGAAAUGGAAAUUUCUGGGGUGAAGCCGAGCUGUGUCACAUUUAAUACUCUAAUCGCGAAAUUCUGUGAAUUGGGUAUGAUGGAAGAGGCAAAAGAAUGGUUAAGGAAAAUGCUCGAGAAGCCAGUUUCCCCGAAUGAGCAGACAUAUAACAUCUUAAUUGAUGGAUAUGGUCGCAAGCGGGAUUUCGUGAGGUGUUUUGAGAUUCUUGAGGAGAUGGAAAAGAAUGGAUUGAAGCCUAAUGUAAUUACAUACGGUUCUCUAAUCAAGUCUUUGUGUAAGGAUGGUAGGCUUCUUGAAGCUGAUGUAGCCUUAAGUGACAUGAUUAGUAGAGGGGUUAAACCGAAUGCACAGGUCUAUAAUAUGCUUAUAGAUGGACAUUGCAUGAGAGGAACAAUGAGUAAUGCUUUCGUAUGUUUCGAGAAGAUGCUAGAAAGUGAUAUAGAAACAACACUGGUUACAUACAAUACUCUAAUAAAUGGGUUUUGCAAAAAGGGUAUGAUCAAAGAAGCUGAGGAUUUGGCUGCGCAUAUUUUAGUCAAGGGUUUAACUCCAGAUGUUAUCACGUACAAUUCUUUAAUCUCUGCAUAUUCAGAUGCAGGGGACACCGAAAAGUGUUUCCAAACGUAUGAGAAGAUGAAAACUUCUGGAAUAAAGCCUACAAUGAACACAAUUCAUCCUCUAAUUAGAGUUUGCAAAAAGGAAAAGAAUGGACUGGUGUUAAUCGACAAAAUUGUUCAAGAAAUGUCUCAGAUGGAUCUUUCUCCUGACCGAGUGGUAUAUAACGAGCUCAUCCAUUGCUAUGCUUUACAUGGAGAGGUUCAAAAGUCACUUGAUAUGCACAUAGAGAUGGUGGAACGAGGGAUUCCUUCUGACAAGAAGACGUACAAUAGCUUGAUUAUGGUGCAUUUGAAAGAGGGAAAACGUGAAGAAGCCAAGAAUCUUGUUGAUCAGAUGAAGGCUAACAAUAUUGUUCCCAAUGAUGAGACUUAUAAUAUUCUGGUCGAAGGGCAUUGCAAAGUUAAAGAUUUUUCUGGUGCAUACAUUUGGUAUAGAGAGAUGGUUGACAAUGGUCUUCUCCCGGUAGCCAAUAUCUGUAACGAGUUAUUAUCUGGCCUUCGAGAAGAAGGAAGAUUGCAAGAGGCACAGAUUAUAUGUUCAGAAAUGAGCUCUAAAGGAAUUGAAGAGUGUAACACAAAUGAGGAUCUUUCUACUGUUGUGAAAGCGUAGAACAGAGAAGACAUUGCACUCGAACUUGUUAGUUAAAAACGUUGGCAGCAAAUGAAAAGCUUGUAAUAUAUUAAAAAAUCAGUGUAUUCUUAUUAAUUUAUUUCCUCAUUGACAUUCAUUCAGGAUACCUAUUCCCUUAUACUGCCCUUGUUGUUUAGUUGAUGGAAGAUGCCCUUCUUUUUCUA